AUGUCGGCCACUCACACGAGUCUGGACGCAGCCUCAGUCGAUCGCAAAGCCCGCCUAGCCAAACUUGCCUCUCUCAAACGCAAACAACCCACCAACGAAGAAGCUGUGCAAGAAGAACAAGAAGGCCAGAAUUAUCAACCUUCCAAAACCGACGCUUAUCUGUCUGGCCGGAAUUACGAUGUGGCUACCAAAGGCGCGAAACUUGGGUUUGAAACCAACCCAUCCGCUGGUGCUGAGACUCUAGAGGCCCAGGCAGAGCGCAUAGCCACUGCUACUGCCGAACAAGCAGCCAAGGAUGAAGCCGAAGCGGAGAAGGGUAUUGAUCUGUUCAAGCUCCAGCCGAAGAAACCCAACUGGGACUUGAAACGAGAUCUCGCAGAAAAGAUGAAGAUUGUGGAUGUUCGAACGCAAAAUGCCAUUGCUCGAUUAGUGAGGGAAAGGAUAGAGAACGCAAAGAAGGAAGCCUUGAGUAAGGGGAGCACCUCAGACGGACAGCACGGCGAAGAGGUCGGCAUUGAAGGCAGCACCCUUGUCGAGAGUAUUCAUUUGCGUGAACAGGAAGAGCAAAGAGAAGCAGAACUGGAAGAAGAGGACCCUGAUGUGUCUUGA